AUGGUGAAAACACAGAUUUUCUAUUGGUCUGUGAUCACUUUGGUAUUCUUGAAUACUUGUUGCGUCGCCAGUGAGCAUUAUGGACAGCCCCAGUGGUUCACCGAUUUCUUGAGUAAGUCCGACCUUGUUUCCAUUACCCAACUCUGUUUUUCAGAGUAUGCCGAAUUCGUCUUCCUUGGAAUAUUCGUGGUUGAAAUGCUUCUCAAACUGUUUGCAAUGGGCUCAAGAACGUACUUUGCGUCGAAAUUCAAUCGUUUCGAUUGCGUGGUCAUUGUCGGUUCAGCAGCUGAGGUCAUUUGGGCAGAAGUUUACGGAGGAUCAUUUGGUAUUUCGGUGAUGAGAGCUCUCCGUCUUCUCCGUAUCUUCAAACUUACUUCCUAUUGGGUCUCUCUCCGUAACUUGGUCCGAUCUCUGAUGAACUCAAUGCGAAGUAUCAUCUCCCUUCUUUUCCUCCUCUUCUUGUUCAUUCUCAUCUUUGCUCUGCUUGGAAUGCAGUUGUUCGGAGGAAAGUUCAACUUCCCCACAAUGCACCCAUACACCCACUUUGACACUUUUCCCGUCGCUCUCAUUACUGUGUUUCAAGUGAGUCAAGUUUCUAUAAUCUAAGUUUCACAAGCGUAUUUCUCUUUCAGAUUCUUACUGGUGAAGAUUGGAACGAAGUGAUGUACCUGGCAAUUGAGUCACAAGGCGGUAUCUACAGUGGAGGCUGGCCGUACUGCAUCUAUUUCAUUGUCUUGGUGCUCUUCGGUAACUGUAAGUUGUGAUUUUUAAAUCUCCAGUUCCAAGUGUUCUCUUACAGAUACCUUGUUGAAUGUGUUCCUGGCUAUUGCCGUCGAUAACUUGGCGAAUGCUCAAGAACUAACUGCAGCAGAAGAAGCGGACGAAAAAGCGAACGAGAUUGAGGAAGAAUCGGAAGAAGCAGAGGAAGAGUAUCAGGAAGGAGACCAUUGCACAAUUGAUAUGGAAGGAAAGACCGCCGGAGACAUGUGUGCAGUUGCAAGAGCUAUGGAUGAAAUGGAUGAGGAAUGUGAAGAGGAAGAAUCACCGUUUGGAGGUCCGAAGCCGAUGGUACCCUACAGUUCCAUGUUCGUGCUCUCGCCAACCAACCCUCUGCGCGUGCUCAUUCACAGUAUUGUGUGUACAAAGUACUUCGAAAUGAUGGUCAUGACUGUCAUCUGUCUGUCUUCCAUCUCGCUGGCAGCUGAAGACCCUGUUGAUGAGGAAAACGCGAGAAACAAAGUGCUGCAAUACAUGGAUUACUGUUUCACCGGAGUGUUUGCAUGCGAAAUGCUUCUGAAGGUAAUUGAGUGAGAAUUGUCACAAAUAAAGUUUAUUUUGUAUGUUCAGUUGAUCGAUCAGGGAAUCCUUCUUCAUCCUGGCUCGUACUGUCGAGAUUUCUGGAACAUUCUUGACGGAAUCGUUGUCACUUGCGCGUUGUUUGCUUUUGGUUUCGCGUGAGUAUUCUUAAUUUCUGAAAAAACCGCAAAUAAUUCAAUGCUCUUUACUAAUCAUGUUCAAUUUUUAGAAGUACAGAGACGUAAGUUUCGGAUAACAUCCGCCCAUCUAGUUGCUUUUUUGUUUCUCUCCGCCUUUUUCACAUAUUCCCUUUCCAAAAAUAAUUCAUUCCUAGAAAAAUUAACAAGUAAUAUCACAAAUCUUCUCCCUCAUGAUUCUUUCGUAUCAAUCUUAACCGUUCACGUUCAUCUCAUCUCAAGUAACACAUUGAAAAAGUCUCAUCUGAUUUGAGCUCACACUUUCAUUCCCAAUUCUUGCACAACAACUUUUGAGUGUCUCCUGCUGAAUGAUAGCCUUUUCGAGUUAUCAUUUGUCAGGGAAGUUUCGAACAAUCGUAUUCUUUUUUCAGGGGCACGGAAGGAAGUGCUGGAAAGAACUUGAACACUAUCAAAUCGUUGAGAGUGCUCAGAGUGUUGCGUCCUCUUAAGACCAUCAAGAGGAUUCCGAAACUGAAGGUUAGUUAGCAUCUAAAGCUCGUUUCUUUCCAUAUACACUUUCUACUUUUCCAGGCCGUUUUCGAUUGCGUUGUGAACUCUCUGAAGAAUGUAUUCAACAUUCUGAUUGUUUACUUCUUGUUCCAAUUCAUCUUUGCUGUAAUCGCAGUACAGCUAUUCAACGGAAAGUUCUUUUUUUGUACGGACAAGAACCGAAAGUUUGCGAGCACAUGUCAUGGACAGUUCUUCAUUUACGACAACCAGAAUGAUCCGCCACGUGUAGAACAGAGAGAAUGGCGGUUGAGACCGUUCAAUUACGACAAUACACUCAAUGCGAUGCUCACACUUUUCGUGGUGACAACAGGAGAAGGAUGGCCUGGAAUCAGACAGAACAGCAUGGACACGACAUUUGAAGAUCAGGGGCCAAGUCCGUUUUUCCGAGUGGAAGUCGCUCUUUUCUACGUCAUGUUCUUCAUUGUGUUCCCGUUCUUUUUCGUCAACAUCUUCGUCGCGUUAAUCAUCAUUACGUUCCAAGAACAAGGAGAAGCAGAGUUGAGCGAAGGAGAUCUCGACAAAAAUCAGAAGCAGUGUAUCGAUUUCGCAUUGAAUGCGAGACCAAGAUCUCUUUUCAUGCCGGAAGACAAGAACUCGAUCAAGUACAGGAUAUGGCGGCUUGUAACCUCACCGCCGUUCGAAUAUUUUAUUAUGGCGAUGAUUUGUAUCAAUACAUUCAUUCUAAUGAUGAAAUAUUACAACAAUCCACUGUUCUAUGAAGAGAUCUUGAGACUGUUCAACACUGCUCUCACGGCAGUUUUCACAGUUGAAAGUAUUCUGAAAAUAUUGGCGUUUGGUGUCAGAGUAAGCGAACUUUUGAGGGAAGAUGAAUAUAUACACGCAUAUUUCAGAAUUAUUUUCGUGACGGCUGGAAUCGUUUCGAUUUUGUCACCGUCGUGGGUUCGAUCACUGACGCUCUCGUCACCGAGUUCGGUGGUCACUUCGUCUCUCUGGGAUUCUUGCGUCUCUUCCGUGCCGCCCGUCUCAUCCGUCUUCUGCAGCAAGGAUACACCAUCCGAAUCCUUCUGUGGACAUUCGUACAGAGUUUCAAAGCUCUUCCAUAUGUUUGCUUGCUGAUUGGAAUGCUCUUCUUCAUCUACGCCAUCGUUGGAAUGCAAGUGUUCGGAAACAUCUGGUUGAAUGCGGCCACCGAGAUCAACCGACACAACAACUUCCAGUCGUUCUUCAACGCAGUCAUUCUGCUUUUUCGUUGUGCGACUGGAGAAGGAUGGCAGGACAUUAUGAUGGCUGCAGUCCAAGGAAAAGAUUGUGCAAAGGCUGGUUCAAAUGAAAUCAAUUUCGAGAAAGGACCGACUUGUGGAAGCAACGUGUCAUACGCUUACUUUACCAGUUUCGUUUUCCUUUCGUCGUUUUUGAUGCUCAAUUUAUUCGUUGCCGUCAUCAUGGACAAUUUUGACUAUCUGACAAGAGACACUUCGAUUCUCGGACCUCAUCAUCUCGACGAAUUCAUUCGUGUAUGGGCUGAUCACGAUCCAGCUGCAACGUAUGUUAAAAUGUUCUGAAAAAAAGCUAAAAUUUGCAUUUGCAGAGGACGCAUUCACUAUACGGAAAUGUAUGAAAUGCUCCGGUUUAUUGAUCCACCCGUCGGAUUCGGAAAGAAAUGCCCAUAUCGAUUAGCAUAUAAGCAUCUGAUUCGCAUGAAUAUGCCUGUGGCGGAAGAUGGAACGGUUCACUUCACGACGACGUUAUUCGCUUUGAUUCGUGAAAGUUUGAGCAUUAAAAUGAGACCAGUGGAAGAGAUGGAUGAAGCGGACGAAGAGCUGAGGCUAACACUGAAAAAGAUUUGGCCAUUGAAAGCGAAAAAGAACAUGAUUGAUUUAGUGGUUCCUCCGAAUCACGGUACAACUGGAAUUCUCUGUUUUCUUGAAAGAACAUCUAACUUCCAGAGCUCUGUUUCCAAAAACUGACUGUUGGAAAGAUAUACGCGGGACUGCUCAUCUACGAGAACUAUCGAGCGAAACAAAGCGGAACGGAGGUAUGUGAGGUCAUAGUUCAUUUACUCAAGCUUUCAAUUUUGGCUCACUUACAGAUUUUUGUUUAAGUGUAAGAUAAGGAUACAAAGCCUAUUAGAAUAUACUGCUUUUGUGUGAAAUAGAUGCUUUUGUUGAGUUGAUAGAUGGGGUUGAUAAACUGUUGAGUGAAAGAGUAGGAUGAGCUUUGAAAUGAGGUGAAAUUAGCUAGAGGCGAUCAAACGACAGCGUGCCGCCGAACUUCUGCGCAAACGACGAAACGCGCUGUUCCAAUGGUUUUCGAAAGAUUCGAACAACGAUCAGGUCCACCCUGAUAGUGUGAAAACCCUUGUAGUGGACUUUUAUUUUUCUUUUCACUUGGAAGUUUGUUAUCCCGAACGAGAUGAGCAUGCUUUCAACCUAUAAACUAGUCAACAGUUUCAAAAAAGGUCAUAACUAGUUUUAUUCAGGUUGGCGGUGGGGGCCUUUUUGGCGGCGGACUACGAUCAUUGGUGGCAGCAGCGAAGGCUGCCGGAGGAGGCUCUCAGCAUCCUCCUGCUCACACACCGCAGCCACCAGAGGAGACGACUCCGAUCAUCCCGCACCAGCAGCAGAAUUCGAUUGCGCCGACAACGAAUGUUCAGGGUUCUUCACAGGGACCGAGUGGAAAUGGUGGUGGUGGACAAGUAAUGCUUCAUAUGGAGCUUCAGAAUGAGCCUGGAGUUAUUCAGCGACCGUAUUCGUUAUUCAACACUAUCGCCGACUCGAUCAAAGCCAGAAAACCGGAUGGAGAGGUCACACCAGUUCAGUAUCAGAGUGUUGACCAGCAACAGUAAGUUCACUCUCAGAAAACAUGUAUAAUCAACGGGUUUUCAGCGAAAGAACAAAUUCCACCGGCAGAAGGCUUUCCGACAUGUUCUCCAAGAUCCGACGGGGCACUUCUGCUGAUCACAACCCGCAUCAAGUAUGUGAAACUCUUUCAGAUCGUUUCAGAUGCUCCUCAAAUUCAUACAAUCUUGUUUCAGUUCUGUCCUCUUUAGAAACCAUGCACAGUGCACAGUCACCUUUUAGAGUUCCAUUUAUUCAAUGUUCUAAAUGUUCUUUCCGUGUGAUUUUCUGAGUACCGUCCGUCCGGUUCCCUCAGUGAACGUCUUGAACGUCUUUGUAAUAACUGACAAGUCACACAAAGGUAACACUGUGCUAUUGUUCUCUUCUCGCCACCCUAUCCAUUCUAUCCCAAAGCCUUUCUUAACCAACUGGAAAUUCCAACACAUAUUUCCGAAAAGCCAAACCUCCUAUCUAAUCCACGUCAAACCUCUUUGUAGAACUAUUCGCACCGCUUCGGUUACAGUCGCAAUAGAGGUUCUCGAUAUGACGAGGUUUGUAGAAGAACGAACGCCAAGCUUGAAUCCAUUUUACCUUACCCUCUUGUCAAAUUCCGCGUAACUUGUUCUUUUUCGAUGAGUUCUCUUAACCUGUGUGCAUUAAUCCAACAAAAGAAUGUAAAACAGAAAAUCUUAUUUUUGCUGGAAGUUUUUUGCACGAAUCGGUUGAGGCACAUGCUUUUAGAACAGAUUUUCCUCUUUUCCUGCAUGCUUUCCUGCUUGUUCUUUGUUGUUUUAAAAUUUUCUUCUUCCAGGCAUGCCAAAAUUAUGUAGUUAGAUAAUUGUUGAACCAGACAUCCUUUUGGUUUUUCAGUUUUCUAUCAUUUCUAACAUUUUGCAUGUCUAUUUCAUGUUCCUAAACCCUACAUACUUGUUUUGAAGAAUUACUGUGUAGUUGUUCUUGGAUACCUUACCCUUAAAAUGCUUCCUAGACCUUAGUUCCUAAAAACUUAAUUCCAGACGGAACACUUGCUGGCUCAAGACAAUCGGUCUCCGUCGUCGCCAAGAUAUCGGAGCAUGGCCCGUGCUUCUCCGCCGAGUCCCGCUGAAAGAUACGGUCAUCCGCACCGAUACCGUACAGGUAAGACAGUGGCCGUUAAAGAGAGAAGGCCUCUAGAUACCCAUCUAGGCAAUUGCGCCGCCAAAAAAUGCCAUUCCGAUAGUUAUCGGAUUGACCCGCUUUUAAUGUCCAACGCGUUGCGAAAGGGUUCUAAUAUGCCUGCGCGGAAAGACAAUCGAACCUAAUUACUGUGUUGUGGCAACCAAAGUUAAGAGGGAUCAGUUUCAGAAUCACCGCCAUCUUCAAGGUCGGAAUAUCAGAUGUCGAUUCGUGACCCGAUGAUCAGAAGGAAUCGUUAUAACACUUUAGAACACUCGAGAUCAUCACACGAACCACAGUAUCACCAUCAGGACCACCAACAACAAUCCGCGCACUCACAAUUCUUGUCUCAUCAGCCGCAUCUCCAACAUUCUCAACAUCACAGAGUGUAUCAGAACCACAAUCAGUACUCGAGAAGUCCGAUCUAUUCCGAUGACUCGAGCGUAGCGGAAAGCUACAGAAGAGAACGAGAAUUCAGAAGAUAUCAAGGUACCAUUCAGACAGGAUUUUCGUUCUAAAAGUGCCUCUGAACAGACUCCACUCCUCAAGACGUCAGCGAAGACGACGAUCCGAUGCCGACGGCCGUACGAGCCCGGCGGCUGCCUCUGAUUUCCACUAUGCCCACACACUACGAGUCCGCAUUCCAACCAUCAUAUAACCAACACUUAAAUGAUUCUUAUGGUAUCAUUGUGUUCCACUCGCUUGAUUUAAUCAAAGUUUUAGGAUUAGGAACCGGGUAUCAACGAGAUUAUCACACCAGUCACCCCCACUCGCACUCAACCUCACAGCACCAACAUCAACAUCAGCCCAUGUACAGCACGUCACCACUAAUAUCACCUCGAUCCAGUCACAGCUACUACACGCCCAGGAAUUCACAAUACUAUGAAAUCCCAUCGCCCAGUCCAGAUGUGAGAAGUUCAAAAACCUUUUUUGAGUAAUCGAUCGUUUCAGAUAUUUCCAUCAUACCGUGGACCUUCUUCUCCUCGUCGAUAUCCGGCGAGCACGAUAGUUGUAGCUCCGGAUCGGGAAGGUUCGAGUGCACGAGUCAUUCAAGCGCAGCCCGGUUCUAUUCCUUUGUCAGACUCUGAAGUCGAGGAUGAUCCCCGAGACCCCAGAGAUCCACGAGAUCGAUGGGAUAUUGUCUAA